GAGCCAAACACAUCUUUCACAGUGGUGCUUCUUAUCAGUGUUCGUGGAGAGCUCCGCCCAUUUCAUCGCCGUCACCGCUGAAAAAAUUGGUAGAUCGAAGAAUUUUCGGUGUGCUUCUUCAUUCUCCAUCAUAUCAAUGUUCAUCGGGAGUUUGAUUCGCAUAAAUUAGGUAUUUUCGGAUCAUUUGCCCAAUUUUGUUAAAUACUUUUGUUAGAUAGGGAUUGAAAAUGAGAACAAUGGUUGAUUGGUCGGAACUUCAACCUGAAUUGUUGGUUUUAAUUGCUAAACGUAUAAAUCUGAUCGAGGACUACCUUAAUUUUCGAACUGUUUGCACAUCGUGGUACACUGUAGCCACUAGGGAUAAUUUUAGUAGUAAUUUGCCUAGGGCUCCCUGGCUAAUGUUAGCUGAGGAAGAGGAUGAUAGAACAUAUAGAAAAUUCUUCAGUCUGUACAAUGGGAUGAUUUUGAAAAAGAGGAUCCCGGGAGCGAGUGAGAAGAGAUGUGUGGAGUCAAAGGGAUGGCUUGUUACAGUUGGAAAGGAUGAGGGUGAGAUUAGUUUGUUACAACCCUUCUCUGGUGUUAGAAUUGAAUUGCCACAUCAAAACACAACUGAUUCUUAUGAACACAACUACACUCACGAUCUGUGGACCUAUAUCCGUAAAGCAGUUCUGUCAGCUAAUCCUUCUCAUACGUCGGACUAUGCUCUCAUGGUCAUUGAGGGAAGAUUCGAGCGCAUCAGUUUAUGGAGACCAGGAGAUUUGUUGUGGACCAGGAUUUGGAUCCCCACCCACAUUGGACAUAUUAGUGAUGUGGUAUAUUUCAGUGGUCACUUUUAUGCUGUCACUUUUGGCCGUUGUGUCCUAGUUUGUGAUGUUGUUGGCACUCAACUCACUAAAGUUUAUAGUGUAGCACAUCUUGCACCAUGGACUGACGGUAAGAAUUACAUCCUAGAAUCACUAGGAUCAUUAUUUGUAGUUGCGCAACAGAUUGUUGAUACACGGUAUGUCAAAGGGGAUCGUGAGAGUAUUCCACCGACGCACAUCCCAGGUAUAGAUGAUGAGGAGGAGAAGAUUUGCACGCACAGGACAAGAAAAUUCCUAGUUUUCCGAAUCGAUUUAUCUAGCUGCAAGGCUAUACCAAUCAUGGAUUUAGGAGACCAAGCUUUUUUCUUGGGUGCUAAUGCUUCUCUUUCAAUCCAAGCGUCUCAAUUUCCAGGAAUCAAGCCCAACUGUAUUUAUUUUACAGAUAACUGGAUUGGUGCAUACCUCUUCUUUAAAAAAGGAUGCGGUUUGGACAUGGGGGUGUUCAACUUAGCAGAUGGAAGUAUCGAGCCGCUUUAUGAUGGUAUUUCUGUCAGUCGUGUUUGUCCUCCAAUCUGGGUCACACCAAAUCCAUGAUGAGCAUCCACUGAUCCAUCAAAUCCAGUUACAUCUACUGAUGCUCAUAAAAUUUGCGAAUCUUGCCCAGAAGCGCAGGUGUAUGACUUAAGUUAUUUUGGAUGUUCAAGAAUGUAUUAUAAUUUGCAGCUACACAUCUAGUGUAAGUUUUGCUGCUUAUUGCUAAAACUUGUCGUAUUAUAACUGCUAUGUACAAGGUGAAAUUGUUACUGUUGAUC